UAGACUUUCCCCAACGUUUCCCCUACGCACAAAGUUAAUUUGGCAUUGGCGACGGUCCAAGAGCGUGAUCAUCUAGUCUCAGUCCCUGACUUUUCUUAAGGCAAACUGAUGUCAUCAUAUCAGCUUUUAACCUCUCUCUCUGAUCGACAGUCUUCGUCCCUCUGUUUUCUGCUAUAAAGAGAUUCAGGGUUUCCUAAAGGUGUAUACAAUUAUAUGACAUCCUUUCCUUGCCAAGCUUUUCCUUAAGAUGGUUGUUUUGUUUUAAUCGCUACAUCAGCAGUGCCCUGAGUUUGUUUUCUUGCGCCGUUGCAACAGAUCAUCAUGAAGUUCAGAAGCUUAACCAUGUUAGCUAUCAUGAGUUUUAUCGUCUUGUUCAUCUCCCGCAUACAUUCGAACCCAGACGGCUUUCUAAGCAUCAGAUGUGGCGCUUCCAUUAAUCGAACCGACGAUCAAGAUAGACUCUGGAUUUCAGAUACCCCAUUCACCAGAAUUCGGAGCAAUUAUUCCAUUGAUGAUCCAUCGCUUAGUGUUCCAGCCUCAACGGAUUGGAACCGUAAGAUAUUUGCCUAUUUUACAGAUUUGACAGUAAAUAAAUAUUGCUACUUAAUUCCAGUCAAGCCUGGCAUUCUUUACUUGGUCAGAGUUACAUUUUAUAAAGGAGCAUUCGAGACCCCUAUUCCAUUAGCUAGCGUCUUUGAUUUAUUAAUAAAUGGAAUUAAGUGGGCUAAAGUGAACCUAACGCUAAUUCAAGCCAAGGAUUUCCUUAAUCAGGACAUUAUGUUAACAGCCAAGAGUAACAGUAUAAGUUUAUGCCUAGCUCGAAAUUCAGAAACAGGAAAGGAAAACUUUGUUUUUAUUUCAACUAUCGCGUCGAGGCAACUAAAUUCUGCGUUAUAUAGUUCAAUUGACUUCCACAACAACGCCUUAGUUCUCCUCGAUAGGAGAAAUUUGGGCAGCAUCAACAGUUACGCCUACCCACAGGAUGACUUUGAUCGCUGGUGGUAUGGCACAAGUACAUCAUCGGUCUAUGAUAAUAUCAACACAACGGAGAACAUCUCUGGGAAGGGCUUGCUGAACCAACCACCUCUAGAUGUAUUGCAGACAGCCAUUACAAUGGAAGCAGUUGGCAACCUCCUAGCAACGCUACAACUUCCCUCCUCUGUCUACGAGGGCGGCUCUUGUUAUUUUGCACUUUACUUCUGCAACAUAAAGGCAGAAAACCUCUCAGUCACCAACAGGUUCCAAGUCUUCAUUAAUGAUAAUCGAAUAACAGACUGGCUACAAUUCACCUCAUUUCUGCAAUGCUUGGUUGUACAGAGGAAUUUAGAAUUUGAGGGAACUGGAUCUGUAAACAUAACAUUGCAUCCUGGGGAAGGAUCAGACGUAGGACCUUUUAUAAAUGCGGCAGAAGCAUUUCAGAUCAAGGACGUGCAAAAUAUGACACACCCGGAAGAUGUAAUGACUAUCAGAACAAUAGCGAGUUCGAUCAAUGUUCCAGACGAUUGGUUCGGAGGAGAUCCAUGUUUGCCUGCAGGUUAUGCUUGCACGGGUAUUAUUUGUAACGGCGACAACCCAUCAAGAGUGAUUAUCUUGAAUCUAACAAACUUUGGUCUCAGCGGCAACAUCCCUCCAAUUAUUGGAAGAUUAGGAGCACUAACUCGUUUGCUGCUAGGAAGCAAUAAUUUGUCAGGUUCUAUACCAGACUUCAGUUCAUUGAAGAAUCUUACAACAUUGCAAUUGCAAAAUAAUCAACUUACUGGAGAAAUCCCAGCAUCAUUAGAGAAGCUUCCCCUGCUAAAUCAAUUAUAUUUGGAGAACAACAAAUUGGAUGGAACUGUGCCAUCAGGGUUAAAUAAGCCUGGAUUAGACUUUCGACUUACUCCUCAAAGUAACUUUCCGACGGGCAACAAAAGUCACAAAAUAAGAAAUUUGAUUUUGGGAUGCGUAGUUGGUGCAACGUUAAUAGCACUGGUUUUAGUAACUUUUCUAUGGAAAUACCUUCGUAGACCACGAGCUCACAUCACAGAAAGUCAAAUUAUGCCACCUGAAGAAACAGAUGGAGUAGAGGAAGGUCAUGCCAAGGAGUAUCAUAGAUUGGCGAUAGAAUAUACAGAGGAAGAAAUUAAAGCUGCCACAAAUAAUUAUUCCACAGUAAUUGGCGUGGGAGGCUUUGGCUCAGUAUUCUUUGGUACACUUUCUGGGUAUAAUGUCGCCGUCAAAAUACUUUCAAGCACUUCUAAUCAGGGGCAACAAGAAUUUCAGAACGAGGUAACUCUGCUUUGUAGAUUAUAUCAUAAGAAUCUUAUAAGUCUUAUUGGUUAUUCCAAACAAACUGUUGAAGCGCUGGUAUAUGAAUAUAUGGAUUGCGGAACAUUGAAGGAUCAUCUACAUGGAAAAGCCAAAGAGGAGAAACCACUUGAUUGGAAUACAAGGCUCAACAUUGCUCUCCAAGCGGCAGAGGGUUUGCUAUACUUGCAUCAAGGUUGUAAUCCACCAAUCAUUCACAGAGAUAUAAAGUGCACUAAUAUACUUUUGGAUGCAAGAAUGAACGCAAAGGUAGCUGACUUUGGUCUAGCCAAGCUGCUGGACAGAUCCCAAACCUAUGUUUCAACAGCGGUCAAAGGCACCAUAGGCUAUCUUGAUCCUGAAUACUUUGAGACAGCGUCACUAACCGCAAAGAGUGAUGUAUAUAGUUUUGGAGUGGUGUUGCUGGAGAUAAUUUCUGGAAAAUCGACAAGUGAAAAUAUAUUGCCAUUGGCAAGAGAGCUACUGUCAUGCGGUAGAAUAGCCGACCUUAUGGAUUCUUCAUUGGAUGGCCACUACAAAUUAUCAAGCGCUUGGAAAGUUGCAGAGGUGGCAUACGCAUGCGUGGCACAAAAAUCAAUAGACAGACCGCCAAUGAGCACGGUGGUGGAAGUCUUGAAGGAAACAGUCGCCCUUGAGAUCGACGAUAUUGGUCAAUAUGCGCAUAUUCCGGAUACGACAUUCCCUGUAUCUGACGUAAUGCCGACGGCGAGGUAGAAAUGGAGCUAUGGAAAUUUAGAACCAAAAAAUAGUGAUUCACCUAUUUAUACGCCUGCACCCCCUAGAUCUUUAUCAUUAUGGUUGCUUGUAUGCUUUCCUUCUUGGUCAUCUCGCAUUCGUAUAAUUUUUGAGAUGUUUAUAUAUAUCCUUAAAUAUUUUUUUAAAGAAAAUGCUAGGUAUUUUUUUUCAUAAAAAAAUGUUUCAGACCAUAUUUAAUGAUUCACAAUAAAAAUUUAUUAUAUGAAAUACGGAAAAAAUAUUAUUUUAAA